AAGAUCGAAGAGAGAUAAAGGGACGUUCUCUUUUGUUUCCUCAGAAAUGUCGAACGCCUUAAAAUACAUUCUACUGUUCGUUGCAUCCUCUUCUAUUAUUCUCAACUUGUUACUCUGCAUUAAACUGUUUUCAAGCGAUGUUGGGAAUAAUCAGAAUAAGGACCAAAGUUGGAGCCGAAGUGCGGCUCAAGAGGCAGAACUUGCAGCCUCCAUGGACUGUUCUGGCCAUGGAAGAGCUUACCUGGACGGCAUCAUCAUCGAUGGGAAGCCCGUCUGCGAGUGCAACCUGUGCUACAGUGGACCCGACUGCUCCAAUUUCUCGCCGGACUGUCCUGCUGAUGCAAAUGAUGGAGACCCAUACUACUUGGAGGAGUUCUGGAAGAAGCAUGCCGCAAGCAGCGCAGUUAUGGUGUCCGGAUGGCAUCGGAUGAGCUACUCUUAUUCCUUCAGCGAUCAGUACUGUCAGAUUUCAGAAGAAUUGGAGAAGCAUAUUAGGAAGGUCCAUGAGGUCGUGGGAAAUGCAAUCACGGACGGGAAAUACAUCAUUUGCGGGGCUGGCGCAACCCAGCUCCUUAAUGCUGCCGUCCAUGCCCUAUCCUCCAACAAUCCCUCUAUAUUCCCUACUAGGGUUGUGGCCACUGCCCCUUACUACAAGGUCUAUCAAACACAGACGGAGUAUUUCGAAUCAAAUAGGUAUAGGUUUGAAGGGGAAGCGUCUGCUUGUAUGAACGGUUCCGACACGACAACUAACAUUAUUGAGUUCGUGACGUCCCCGAGCAACCCCGAGGGCCAAUUCAAAAGGCCUGUCUUGAGUGGCCCAAAUGUCAAGACCAUUUACGACAGGGCGUACUAUUGGCCUAAUUUCACUCCAAUUCCAGGCCCAGCUGAUGAAGAUCUCAGCAUCUUCACAAUCUCUAAGCUAACCGGCCAUGCUGGUAGCAGAUUCGGAUGGGCACUGGUGAAAGAUAAAGAAGUGUACGAAAGGAUGACCGAGUACUUGAAUGAGAACACAGUGGGCAUUUCGAAGGACACCCAACUUAGGAUGCUGAAGAUUCUCAAAGUAGUUCUAGAAGAUGGCAGCAAGGAGAUGUUUGGGUUUGCGCAUCGUAUAAUGAAGAACCGAUGGGAGAGGUUGAGGGACGUGUUGGCUCACUCCGACCGCUUCUCUCUCCAACAAACUCCUGCUCAAUAUUGUACUUUCACACAUGGAGUGCGGGAACCGACUCCAGCUUAUGCUUGGUUGAAAUGCGAGAAGGAGGAAGAUGAAAACUGUUCCGACGUUCUUAGAUCAGCCAACAUCAUUGGAAGGAAGGGCGACCUUUUCAAUGCAGAUAAUCAUUACGUUCGGCUCAGUCUCAUCAGAACUGAAGAUGAUUUUGACAAUCUUAUAAAUCGUCUACAUAAGAUGGUCAAUACCAAGCCAAGAGUCCUUGACAAGGAAAAAGACCACGCCAGGCCAAGUGCAUCCGUGGCUAUCGAGCGGCAAAGCAUUAGAUUCGGCGAUGUCUACCAUGCAUAUCGGUCAGAGGUGAUCUCACAAUGAAUGAUUGCACACCAUGUCGGUAGAAAUUACUUUCCAGGAUCAAAGAAAAUUACUAGCUAGGAAUUUUUUUUGAAAAUUGUAGAACAAAAGGACUCAGAUUGUACCGGAUCUCACAAUAGUAAUGUAUAAUAUACUUUAGCACAAUAACAAUUGAAUUUCUUUUUAAUUUGAAUACUAUAG